AUGUAUAUAAAAUCCCCAGCUGCGUCAAUAAGGAAUGGAAUGCUCAGGACAAGCGAGGAAGAUGUCGAGGAGACUGAGUCAACUAGCUCGCUGCCACCUCAUAAACCAAUUGUUCCGGCUGCGAAGGCUGCAGCUACUCGCCAACCGCCAAAGAGCCAGAGUAUGAUAUCACGAAAACCGAGAACAAUGCCGUCUCUAAGCCAGGUCUUUGGAGAAGCCCCAGAUUCAGAGCCUACUGGCAUCAUUGAGCCUCUUUCUAUUCCCAAGACAAGGAAACCACCGUCUACCAUAUCUUCAAACUUCACCUCACCUACAUCUACAACCUCGAAACAAUCACCAAGGACUUCUAUCACAUCCGACGGAUACUCUGCUACCGAUAUACCACCCAAAGAACCGGAACCAAAGAAAACUGCCAAGUCAUCCAGUGCUCUCCGAGAGAGCAUUGCCAAGGCAAAGGCUGCUCGCAAAGCAGCACAGCAGCAGCAGCUACAGCAAAAACGUGAAUCAUCACUUAAAUCCCCAGAUGCUCUUGAAGAAGACAGCCUGAAAGAUCCGUUUAACCAGCUGCCUGGUAUGGAACCUACCGGAGCCGCCUUACAGAGUAGAACCGCUUCGGCCAGGAAGUCAGGACUUCUGAACAUAUCUGCUAUGGGACUGACUGCUAUCCCCAAUGAAGUCAUGACCAUGUAUACCUUUGAUCCAAACAGCAAUGACGUCUGGUACGAAAAUGUCGACCUGGUGAAAUUUAUGGCCGCGGACAACGAGUUGACCUCACUCCCGGACGAGGCUUUCCCUGACGUGGAUCUGGCUGAGUUCAACGCGGAUGAACCUGGCCCGAAUGCUCAAUUCGGUGGCCUAGAGCACAUCGACUUGCACGGAAACAAACUAUCGAGUCUACCCAUGGGACUUAGAAGGUUACAGCGGCUUCGUACCUUGAACUUAUCGAAGAACAAACUGGAUAGCAUGGAUGCUCUCGACGUUGUCUUCAGCAUAGAGAGUCUGACAGAACUAAAGCUUGCAGAGAACAAUUUGUCCGGUAUGCUGACUUCUGAUAUCGGACGCCUUGUCAAGCUGGAAGUUUUAGAUCUUCAUGGGAACUGUCUUACUGGGCUUCCUGAUUCUAUUGCAGACCUAACGGCGCUGCGGAUCUUAAAUGUCUCCGAGAACAGGCUUCCUUCUCUCCCAUUGAUGGCAAUGAAGGAUCUUCCCCUGACGGAACUCAAUGUUUGGAAGAACAGACUAGAUGGCCACUUCUUUCCAAAAGCAUUCAAGCGUCAUGAUACCUUACAGGUCUUGAACAUUGCAACAAAUAACCUGGAUGAGCUAUCUGCUGAAGAUACCAUUGAGUUGCCCAACUUGCAACAGCUGUUCGUAGAACAGAAUUGUUUGAAGUUUUUCCCUAAUAUAUCAUCAUGGAAGUCCUUGUUGACCAUAAUCGCCUCGGAGAAUCGCCUAUCCGCCUUGCCAGAGGGACUGGCUGAUCUGGAGAAUAUAAAACACCUAGAUUUUACUACCAAUGAUAUCAGGUUGAUUGAUGAUAAUGUCGGUUCCAUGGAGAGUCUUGUUACUCUCCGGAUAUCUAAUAAUCCUCUCCGUGAGAAGAAGUUCCUCGGCAUGGAUACCGAUGACCUGAAGCGAGAACUCAACAGUCGACGUGAAGUCAAGGAACCAUCUCAGGAUGAGGAAGAAGGUUCCGUGCAAACGGAGCUCACACUCGCACCAGAAAGCCCUACGGCCACCAUAACUCAUGCAUGGAGAGUCAAGCAACGCGGUGUCCUUGACCGCUCUUCGACAAACCUCUCAGAUCUAGAGCCAUUAGAUAUCGAACCCUUGAUCGCCAAAUCCGAUAUCAGAUGUCUCUACCUCCAACGUAACCACCUGGAGAAAUUCCCAGUCCCGGCUCUUUCCCUAGUAGCCCACUCCUUAAUCGACCUGGAUUUAUCUAAUAACCCCAUCGGCCGCACAGAACUCAGUACACCCUUAUCCCUUCCGAACCUUCAAAAUUUAACCCUCUCCUCUUCUGCUUUGACGUCCCUAGAACCUCUUAUAGCUAACCUCUCGGCUCCUUCGCUCUCAUUCCUCGACGUCUCAAUAAAUCGUCUUAAGGGGCCUGUGCCAGUAAUGCGCGCCACGUACCCUAACCUAGUCACUUUCCUUGCCUCAGAGAAUGCAUUUGACAGCCUUUCCUACGAGGCUGUCGAAGGCCUGCAAGUACUUGACGUAGCCAACAAUGAUAUCGAUGCCUUGCCCCCGAGAGCUGGUCUUCUGGGAGUUGAUGAUGUCCCUCCGGGAAAGAAUGCAUUACGCCGUUUCGAAGUUGCUGGGAACAAAUUCAGGGUUCCUAGAUGGCAGGUUGUUUCCAAGGGCACUGAAGCGAUACUCGACCACUUGAAGAAUCGAAUCAGUGAAGCCGAGAUGAAAGAAUGGAAGGCUAGCGCGUGA